CAGAGGCUGGACAGAGAGGAUCUUGGUUAGGGUGAGAAAGAGGGUGGAGAUGUACAGAAAACGAUAGCACAGUUGUGUAUACUCACGGAGCAAUAUAAACAGGAGAUGCUGGUGUGAUAAGGAAAUUAAGGAAAAGGGCGCAACUCAAAUAAACACAGACUGAUGCCCACAUAGACUGUUGGUUUAGAAAGCUACUCAAACACAGCUACUGAAGAGUGGAGGACGCACAUGCUGGUGACUAGGGUUAGCUAAGAGGUUCAAAGCUAUGCAACAGUCUGGAGAACAUUUAAGAAAGGACUUAAAACAAGAAGAUCAUCCUUGCUACUAUAAACAGCCUGGACUGGAUAUCUGAUUAAGCAGAUCUGAUUUACAGAACAUUGUGUUUGGAUCAAGAUUUCUCCAAAAACGUCCAGACGCUGGUUAGGGUUGAAGGUUUGGAUGGACACUUUAAAGUGAUUUUUGGAUUUUGUCUAGAAAAAUUAAGCUAAUGUGUGAAACUCAGUUUGAAGAUGUCUCAAGAUCAAGAGUCACAAAUUGAAGGCAUAAUUACAGCAUUGUUCAAAGUAGCUUUUGAAAACUUCAUCAAUGGAAUUUGAGAAAAUAAAUGUUUACACCUCUGGAAUCUGAAUUAAUUUAAACAUAAGCCUGAAACCAACUCUGGCUUCUAUUGAAUCUAGAUGAUUUAAACCUUGCCAAAACAUACCAAUGAAACAGUUCGAAUACUCCAAUUCUGAGCAAUCCUGGCCUUCUUUUGUUAAUCGAACCCCUCGACUACAGCUCAACACUUUAGAUUUUUCUGACUUGUGGGAUGAAGAAGAUCUGGACUUGGGCAUUGCUGAUGAUGACCCUUUCCAAAGUAAUGUACUGCCCAGGCUAAAUCCAGGACACGGUUUGAAUCCUCCAGCACCUCCACCAGCUCCACCACUGGCUCCCCCUCCUCCACCUUCUCCUCAGGUUAAUCCUGUGGCUUUGGGAUCAGGCCGUCGAACAUUGAAGCUCCACUGGAAGGAAUUGUUGAAUUUGCAGCCCCUGCCGAGAGUCAGCCGUUUUGGGUCGCAGUGCAUUUGGGCUGCUUUGGAACCGGUCCAUCUGGACACCAACAGACUAGAAUAUCUGUUUGAAAGCAAGAGUAGCAGUAAUAAGGCUCUUUCUGCUCUGAAGGGUGGAACACAGCAGAAUCCGCAAUGUGUGUCUGUAUUGGGUGUGAAGCGGAGUAACAUCAUUAAUAUAGCCCUGAGCGGCCUGCCUCCUCCCCACUUGCUCCCUCCAGCUAUCUACAGCAUGGACUCCAGUGUUCUGGACAGGGAGGACGUACAGAGGCUUCAGUCUCUGGUCCCAUCUGAGGAAGAGUUGAAAUUGAUUAAGGAGGCAAAAGCCCAGGCACCGCGUUGUCCUCUAGCCCUUGCUGAGCAAUGUCUCCUCACCCUGGGCAGCAUCACACACCUGAGCUCCAGGCUUCAACUCUGGGCUUUUGCACUAGACUACGAUAUACUAGAGGAGGAAAUUGCAGAGCCUCUCUUUCAUCUCAAGCUUGCAAUGGAGCAGCUGGCAACCAAUCAGACAUUCCACUAUAUACUUGCAACUGUACUCGCCAUUGGUAACUGUCUGAAUGGCUGCAAGGCUCGAGGGUUUGAAUUGAGCUACCUGGGGAAGCUCUCACAAGUAAGGGACACACAUAGCCGGCAGCCCCUGCUACAUCAUGUGUGCGUGCUACUCCUCCAACUUUACCCACAAUCCUCGGACUUGUACUCUAACAUCACUGCUGUCACCCGGGCCAGUAAGUGUGAUUACUUGCAAGUUCAGUCCAGUCUCUCUGCACUGGAGUCCCUUUGCAAAGCAUCAUGGGAGCAGCUGCAUAUGCUGAAUAAAGAAGGCAUGAAGAAGGGAGCAGGACGAGGAGAAGGGGAUGAGCAGAGAGGCAUUAGCGAGGCAUGCCUCUACCAGAGACUGCCACAAUUCCUGAAGGAGUGCAAUGAAAGGCUGAAAGUGCUUAGAGCUGUCCAUCGUCGAGUCAUCAACAGAUUUCACUCAUUCCUCUUGUACCUGGGCUACUCACGCUCCAUGGUGAGGGAGACAAAUGCAGAUGCGUUCUGCAAAACCGUCAGUGACUUUGCUCUGGAGUAUAGAACUGCUCAUCAUGCCAUUCUACAGCAGAGAGAGAGGGAUCGAGAACGGGAGGAAAGAGAGAAAGAAGAAAAAAUACGAAAAACAUCCGCUUCCACAGCCAAAACUAAGGCUAUUGAAAGCCCAGCUCCAAAUUGCAUGGAGCAGUCAAUGCUAGAGGAGGUGCUGAACACACCCACAUCACCCUCGUGUUUUGACCUUAGUCUCCCACGUCACCGCAGCAGGACACCAAACACCAGAGGUCUUUUUUGCAGGUUGCUUUACACGAAGAUUGAAGUGGUAAAAGAAAUUGUUCAACAUGCUACUGAUAACACACAGCCAAUGUCUAUGUUGUCUAAUGAACUUCAGACUAGUUAAAACAAACCUGCUGAGAAAUACUUGAAAUUCAUGCAUUUGUUCAUUCACAGUUAAGCUACGUAUUUUUGUUCCAUUUGUAUGUAUCUGCUCAAAUAUAAAUAAAUGUUUUCAUCAGUGAA